CUCUGGAGGACUUGAACCGGAAGUAGUGCCGUUGUUGAUGACAGAAGGCGGAAACAGCGACCUGGAAAGAUAGUUCUCACUAAAACCCUUAUUUUAAGUUCGGUUUGAACAGUAAAUAACAAAGAGCAGCUUCUCUAGAUGCUGGUGUAACACGUGAAGGUCAGAGAUGAGCGUCACUUUGGAUAUCAGACUAAAGAGAGCGAACAAAGUUUACCAUGAAGGGGAGGUGGUGGCUGGUGUCAUCCUGCUGGUGUGUAAAGAGGCUCUGCAGCACCACGGCAUCUCUCUGAGCAUGGAGGGACUGGUGAACCUGCAGCUCAGCUCCAAGAGUGUCGGCGUCUUUGAGGCUUUCUACAACUCUGUCAAGCCCAUCCAGCUGAUCAGCAGCAACAUCGAGGUGGCCAAGGCAGGAAAAGUCCCAGGAGGAAAAACUGAGAUCCCCUUUGAGUUCCCUCUGAGCACAAAGGGCAACAAAGUUCUGUAUGAGACCUAUCACGGGGUCUUUGUCAACAUCCAGUACACCCUCCGCUGUGACAUGAAGCGCUCCUUGCUGGCCAAAGACCUGAGCAGGAACUGUGAGUUCAUCGUGCACUGUCAGCCUCAGAAAGCUAAAGUGGUCCCCACCCCGGUGAACUUCACCAUCACUCCGGACACCCUGCAGAACAUCCGAGAGAGGAGCGCGCUGCCCAAGUUUCUGAUCCGAGGAAGUUUAGACGCCACAAACUGUGUGAUCAGCCAGCCCCUGACCGGAGAGGUGGUGGUGGAGAACUCUGACGUCCCCAUAAAGAGUAUUGAGCUGCAGCUGGUCCGAGUGGAGACCUGUGGUUGUGCUGAAGGUUACGCCAGAGAUGCCACAGAGAUCCAGAACAUACAGAUCGCUGAAGGUGACGUCUGUCACAGCCUCGCCAUUCCCAUCUACAUGGUGUUCCCCCGGCUCUUCACCUGCCCCACGCUGGAGACCACCAACUUCAAAGUGGAGUUUGAAGUGAACAUCGUCAUCGUGCUUCAUGACGAUCAUCUGAUCACAGAGAACUUCCCUCUGAAGCUGUGCAGAGUCUGACCCUGGACUUAAACUCUGAGGCCGGUGUGGGAGGAUCACAGGACUGAAACACCUGAGCGUGUUUACCUGGAGGAGAUCUGGACUCUGUGAGACGCAGAGACUCCUCCUGGAGUCAGAAGAAGAUACUGAGCGAUAACAGAAGGAGAAUCCACUUCUAUAUUUCAGAUCAACCUUUUCUCUUUUAAAACCAGAGGAGAUGAAGUGUUGGAAAAGAUCGUUCCUUUGUCAGAGGAGAACUUUGAUUGUUCUAUUUUUGAAGUUGUAGCUGUGUAGUUGUUUUGAGUGUUUUAUUAAAAAUGAUAUGAGACUUCCUAAA